CUGGAAAUUUUCAGACUUUCUGGCUAUUGUUGACAGAAUUUAGCGCAUGUAGCGCGUGCCGUGCAUAUUGCGCUCAUAGCGCAAAUAGCGCAUUGAGCGCGCUACUCGAAGCCCCAAGACUUUGCGAGUUAGCGAGCAGGCGCUAUGGACAUCAUUCAACACCUAACCUUCAAUGCAAUGGGAAUCACAUCACGACCGACAACAUCAUGUCUGCCAGUGAAAGCCAACCAUAUCUGCCUUUGGAAAUUAUUCUCAAUGUCAUAGACUUUGUGGUUCCGACGUCGAGCCCAUCGCCAAUAGCGCUUGCACCAGGACAUCCAGCAGCGAAGACAAUCCUUUCUCUCCUCACCACCUCCCGAGCCAUUUAUCCCGUCGCAUGUCGCCUUCUAUAUACACAUUGCAUGUACAUCCACACAUCUCAACGACUCUCCCAUCUGUUGCGGACGUUGAAAAGCGCCAAUCCAGACCUCCUUUCGUCAAUCACCUCUCUCUAUCUCCGACCAUUCCCUCUCCGCGAAGACAUCAACUGUCUGAAUCCUCCCACCGCGAGAGACACCAAAGAUCUGCUGAAGCUCAUCGGCCCCUACCUUCGCCGACUACUCAUCGAUAUACCUCUGCGAAGCCUCUAUCCUGAAGAUGAUCUCUUUAGCGUACGGCCCAUACUACGAUCCGCAUUUAUAGAUCUUCCGGUAUUGGAAGAAUUCUGCAGCGUACGGGAUGAAUUAUACCUAGCAUUGGAAAGAGACUACCCUUCACGCGAGCCGCCAGUUUGGUCUUUGUGGCCGAAUCUGAAGAAAUUGGCGUUAUAUAAUCAAGAUCUGUCGAGAGAUGACUUUUGGACUGGGCUCCGGCAGUUGCAGCAUAUCGAGACACUAGUCAUGACUAGGAGCGACGGGACGGAUGAGGUUGACCUCCAACAGAUGUGGAGGAGUCAGUUUGAUAGUAAGGAAGAGACAAAGCGUCUGACUAUUGUGCUGGCGAACGUAGAGCUUGACCAACCAGAAUUAAGAGCAAGGGAAUCGUGGAAAGAGGACGAUAAAUUGGCUGUGGAAAUAAUGAAUGUGCCAAUCAGCUAUUACGGAGACGAGGACUAUAUUGUUCUGUGUCAACAAUGGAUCAAGCGGGGUAUCAUGUCGGGGACUCUUUUCGACGAAUGGUCGAGGACUGAUGAGAAGAAGAAGUGUCAAACGCGAUCUGUUGAGGUCGCGAACCACUGAGAUUCCACUUCUCUGGACUCCAACUGGGAUAAUAUCCUAUUGUCUUUACGAUGCUUCAUGGUUCGAGUUGCUCGUUAACUAUCGAUUGGUCCUGUAAGUCUUACAUGCGACAUGGUUGUGAGUGCUUGACCGAAUGUCUGUGUUCAACGCUCUCACCUUGUUGCGCUUGUCG